GCAAGAAUUGAACGUUACAUUUACUGAUUCACCUCUCUCUUUCUCUUUCUCUUUCUCUUUCUCUCUCAAAUUCGUCACAGUUUCUUCAAGUGAAGCAAGCAAUCGGGUUACACACCGACCCCAUUUCCCCCAUUAUUAUUAUUCAUCUGUAAAAGCAAUCCUUCACUAGUUGUGGGGGUAACAACGCGACCCAAACAACGAAAUCGAUUGCGACUUUUAGAGAGAGAAACUACAUCCAGAUACUGGAGAUUUCAUUUACCUUCAAUAGCAAACGCUGGUUGGAUGUUUUGCUGAUUGUACUGUUUUGGGAGAGUUGAAGUUGAUACAAAAUGGGGUUGAUUUCUGGAAUACUGAUGGGGACUGUAUUUGGGAUUGCGAUUAUGGCUGGUUGGCGGCAGAUGAUGAGAUAUCGAAGCAGUAAACGAAUUGCCAAGGCAGUUGACAUAAAACUCCUUGGAUGUCUCAACAGAGAUGAUUUGAAGAAAAUCUGUGGUGACAACUUUCCAGAAUGGAUAUCUUUCCCUGUUUAUGAACAGGUGAAAUGGCUGAAUAAACAAUUGAGCAAACUCUGGCCAUAUGUUGAAGAAGCAGCUCGAAUAAUAAUCAAAGACUCUCACCAAAGAUUGAAGGUAUCCGUGUUCAAAGCCUUAAAAAAAGGUCAAAUAACAAUGGACAUAGAUUUGCGUUGGGGUGGUGAUCCAAAUAUUGUUUUAGGAGUUGAAGCUGCACUUGUUGCUAAUUUACCUAUUCAGCUGAAAGAUCUACAAGUUUUUACAGUUGUUCGUGUUAUUUUCCAACUCUGUGAGGAAAUCCCUUGCAUUUCUGCUGUUGUUGUUGCUUUACUUUCUGAGCCAAAGCCAAGAAUUGAUUAUACAUUGAAGGCUAUUGGUGGAAGUUUAACUGCCAUGCCUGGACUUUCUGAUAUGAUUGAUGACACUGUAAAUACAAUAGUUUCAGAUAUGCUUCAAUGGCCCCACAGGAUUGUUGUUCCCAUUGGUGGUGUAGGUGUGGAUACAAGUGAUCUGGAACUGAAGCCACAAGGGCAAUUGACAUUAACAAUUGUGAAGGCAACAAAUUUAAAAAAUAUGGAAAUGAUUGGAAAAUCUGAUCCUUAUGUCACUGCUUUUAUUCGUCCACUUGAAAAAUUCAAAACAAAAGCUGUAGAUAACAACUUGAACCCUGUUUGGAAUCAUGUACUUCAGUUGAUUGUAGAAGACAAGGAAACCCAGUCUGCUAUUCUCGAGGUUCUGGAUGAAGAUAUUGGGCAAGACAAGCGUUUGGGAAUUGCAAAAUUAUCUCUAAUUGGCCUUCAACCAGAAAUUGAAAAUGAAAUUGAAUUGAAACUUCAACCUUCACUUGAUAUGCUCAAGAUCAAAGAUAAGAAAGAUAGAGGAACUCUCACUGUCAAGGCGAAGUACCAUGAGUUUACAAAAGAAGAGCAAGAUCUUGCUAUAGAAGAAGAGAAGAGGAUACUUGAAGAGAAAAAGAGACUUAAAGCUGAGGGUAUAAUCGGAAGUACAAUGGAUGCGAUUGAUGGAGCUGCGGGGUUGGUGGGGUCCGGGGUUGGGUUUGUGGGUAGUGGAGUUGGGGCUGGGGUUGGGGCUGGUGUUGGGCUUGUUGGAAGUGGGCUUGGGGCGGUUGGUAGUGGGCUCAGUAAGGCUGGGAAGUUUAUGGGCCGGACUAUUACUGGAACCAGUAGCUCUAAAAAGAGUGGGGCGUCAACUCCGGUCAAUACUGUUGAAGAAAAUGGUGGUGCAAAACCAAGGUAAAAAAAAAUAAAAUGGGUUUGUUUGUUUCUUUGUUAAAUGUGAAUUGCUUUUCUACUUUUUAUGUGAAACGAGAAUCUUUUUACUUUUUGUUUUUGUUUUAGGAUUUU